AUGGGAAAAAAUCUUAUGGAAGAACAGGUUCUUCUUUCUGCUCAUGAGUUUCUGGCUCAUAUGAAAUCCAUCAAAAACAAGGAAGCAAUAAAUCUUCGACAUCCGAUUCAGGCAAAUAUAAAUCAUCUCAAUUUCGAAGAAAAUGAGACUUUAACAUAUAUAUCAAGCCUAAUUGUUAUACGUUACAACCCAAAAUCCUUUGUGCAAACAUGCCCCUUGAUGUCGCGCAUUUUCCAAAAGGAAACAGUAUUUGUUGCGAAUAUCAUCAACAAAACCUUAUUCGGCUUUAGCUACAGCUAUAACGAUAGCGAUGCUUUGAUGGCAAAUGUAGAUCAAAUAAACAUUAUUAUAGACGGUUUAAAAGAAAGCAAAUUGAUAUUGCUUGCUCAGAUGUUCCCUAUUAUGUAUCACAUACCCAUGUUAGGAUAUAUGGCAAGGGGACGAUUGGAAAAUUUAGUAUCUUUGCUCAAACACAAAAUCAAGGAAGAUGUAGAAAAUGCCUUGAAAGGUUACAACACAGAUGACGAGCCAGAGUGCUUUGUGCAAGCAUAUUACCAAAAAAUGCAGCAAAAUAAGGAAUUAGAGUGA